AUGCCGCACAAUUUUGUCUUCAUCGCCUUUGCCAUGGUUCUGCCGAAACUGAUGCUCAACUCUCUGCUUGCACUGCUUAAUUCGCGCGACAUGCACGCUGGUCAGGCCAUCUCUGUCCAUCUCUCGAAGCUCGCGAGCAUCCUCGGGCGUUCGGGCACAUCGGACGGCUCGCAGGCCGUCUGCAGCAUGCCGGACGGGGUCGCCAAGGACCAGGACGUUGAGAUCCCUGGGCGCGUCGUCGAUGCCUCGUUCGAUUCGGAGUCGCAGGCCUCGCGAAGCGCUCUCAUCUGA